CAACCCGUUACAUGUAGUUGAAGAGGUACGGCAGAAGCUGACAGUUGGGAAUCCCUCUGUGGACAUAUCUGAGCUUAUUCAGCUUUUCUCGCAUCCCGCACGAGAUGCAGAGGAGCGUCUUGUGAUAACAGUCUUGCAGAGUGUUGUGCAUGGCUGCCGCGGGUUCUUUCAGCGGGAAGCGCUGUUGUCAUUGCUGGAACCUGGCAUCAGCGAGGAGUCACGUCAUGUAUUUCUUCUCAAGAUAUGGCCACAGUAUUGGAACAAUGAGCUUGAGGUAAUGCGUGAGCUGCCCGCUGUGGAGGAGGCAUGUGUUAAAGGCAUCCUUGUGAAGCUUGUGUUUGUCUGGGAAACCGGCAACGAUGUUUCCGUGCAAGAAACAUCCAACGCCCCAUGUGGCCUGCGUCCAUAUUAUAUCUUCCAUCUAAUGCGGGCGACUCUCCAGCCUCUCCUUGAUGCACUGUUUGCCCUUGAUGCCGCCGCGGAGGAAGGUGAGACGCGAAGCACCUUGGAACUGUUGCUUGACAUCGCGAAUAGCAUGGCCUGCAUUGAGGCACCCCCACGACGGACGCUGCGGUUGUGGGAUCAGGUUGGGGCUGGCGCAGCGUUGCCGAGCAGCAUUCCGAGGGAGGUUGGGUACGUUGUGAUGGCGGAUGUGUGCCGUGCAUUUCUGGAGGUACGACUUCCCAGUGCGGUGGAUCAUUUUCUUAGCGGAGGUGAAAUCCCUGAGGAACAGCGGUGGCCGCGGCUCAUCGCCUACCUGAUUCGGACUGAACAUUUGUUCCAUCGCCUGUGCGAGAUGCGAUUGCUGAAGGCAAAGCUGCUUGACAACUGCAGCGCAGUGCCAUGCUUCUACGGCAUUGUGAAAAACGCCAUUGCCAAUCACCUGCAACGAAAAAGGAAUGCGGAUUUGUUUGUUGAAACUCUUCUUGGCAUCAUGCAGACGUAUCUUCUGUACGGAAGCCAUGAAGGGGCAGAGGUGCGGCGUGUUGGCGGUGGUGGACGGGAAAAAAUGGUGUUGGUGUCGCUGCACAACGAGGAUGAGGUAAUGUCGGCUGUGCGACUUGCUUUUAGUGUCUCUUCAAUCGACAGAUUUUUGCGUCUUUACAAGGAACUUCUUGCCUAUCGACUUCUCUUUUAUGCGGUGGGGCGAGCAAGUGACGGCAGUGUGGACGCAAUGGAGGCACGGCGGGAGAAACUGCAGACGGAAAAGCUGGUGUGUGAGUACUUGCAUGAAUUGCUUCCAUUCGAACGCAACGCAAUACAGCAGAUGAUUCAGAUGUGUAUGGACAUGGUGACCGGUAACAAUACGCCUGAGGCAUAUGAUCCACAGGCACUACAACCGGAGCAGUGUGGACACGGUGCAGACGCUUUUAGUGUCCGGCCUACAAUGAGGCUUCUUUCACGCCUUGCGUGGCCCUCGUAUCCUCUGCUUACAGAUGUGCCAAAACCUCUGCAUAAUGUCAUGGAUCAGUUUGCGCGCUUUUAUCACGCGCAGUACAGCAAUCGGCGCGUUGUGUGGCUUCGCACCUCCAUGGAGACCAUCACCUUCACCGUAGCAUACCCGCAGGCAGGAAAGGUCAUUGUAGGCUCGUUGGAGUUGUUUAAUAUUUUCCACUUUCUAAGCGAGGCGGGUACUUCAGGCACGACGUGGACGCUUCUCGCACAGCGCAUUGGCAAAGACAAAACUCUGUUGCAGCGAGGGCUGAAGAAACUCAUCCAUGACGGUUUCUUCAAGAUACAAAUGGGCUCUGGGGAGGAGAUCGUGGCAUUGAAUGCCGCCUUUAAAUCACACAAGCCGCGCUAUCACUUCCUUCAACCGCCGCCGCGGGUUGGGGCGUUAUUGGAGGAAAACGGAAUUAUUAACGAAGAAGUGCAUCGCUCUCGCAUUGCUUCCAUACAGGCAGUCAUCAUCAAGCACAUGAAAACCGUGCGUACCUGUCUGUAUGAUGAGCUCUUUUGUUGGACACGGCAGCAAAAUCCCCAGUUUCAGUUACAAAACAGUGACUUUAAGUUGGCUUUGGAAAUGUUAAUCGAGAAGGAAUUCGUACAACGGGACCCGUCGCAGAAACAACGGUUUGUGUACAAAGCCUGA